AUGUAUGGUUGCAAACCUGUUGAUAUUCCUUUAGUGGUGAAUAAAAAAUUAAAGAAGGAAGAUGGUGGAAGCUUAGUAGAUGCAAGCAUGUAUAGAAGUUUGGUUGGAAGCUUAUUUUAUCUUACAGAUUCAAGGAUCGAUUUAAUGUUUGCUUCUAGUUUACUCUCAAGAUUCAUGAGUAAACCAAGUCAUUUACAUCUCGGGGAAGCAAAAAGAUCUCUAAGGUAUGUCAUGGGAACCAUGGAGCAUGGAAUCAGAUCUGAGAAGAAUUCUAAACUUGAAGCUAAAGGCUAUUGUGAUAGUGAUUGGGUCAGAAGUGUUGAUGAUAUGAAGAGCACUUCAGAUUAUGUAUUCAACCUUGGUUCAGGAGUGAUCUCUUGGUGCUCAAAGAAGAAAGAUAUUAUGGCACAAUCUUCAACUGAAGCUGAGUAUUUAGCAGCAGGUUUGGCUACACAACAAUCACUUUGGUUGAGAAGAAUAUUAGAAGAUAUUAGAGAGAAACAAGAGUGA